AUGGGAUGGCGGUACCAGAUCCCCAUGUUAAGACGGAUGGGUCUGCGGGUCGUCGCACCGGAUUGUUUAGGAUACGGACGAACAGACGCACCAGACAACAUAGCUUUAUAUUCACAUAAGAGCUGCGCCGACGACAUCAAAGAACUCGCCUCGCACGUCGGAGCAUCGCAGAUCAUCCUCGGCGGACAUGAUUGGGGCGCCGCCCUCGCCUACCGAGUCGCGCUAUGGCAUCCCGAUCUGGUCUCCCACCUAUUCACCGUGUGCGUGCCAUACGCGCCGCCGCAGAAGAAAUUCUUCCCCCUCGAAGAGAUGGUGAAGAAAGUGGCGCCGCACUUCUCGUAUCAGGUGCAGUUUAGCAGCGGGGAGCUGGAGGAGCCGACGCGGUCGAAGGACGGGAUUAAGAAGUUCCUGUCGGCGUUGUAUGGCGGGCGGACGCCGGAGAAGGAGUUUGUGUGGGAUGCAGAGUUGGGGAUUUCGGUGGAACGGAUGGAGAGGAUUUUGCCGUCGAGGUUGUUGAGUGAUGAGGAACUCGAAUACUACGCCACUGAAUUCUCACGCCACGGACUACACGCUCCAUUCAAUUGGUACCGCACGCGGGAAAUCAACUACAAAGAAGAACUCUCGAUCCUCGACCGCCGCAUCACCGCGCCCGUCCUCUUCAUCCAGGCUCUCCGCGACGCAGCCCUCCCGCCGAAUCUAGGCCGCGGCAUGACGAAGACGAUCCCGCACUUGACGUUCAAGCAGGUCAACACGUCGCACUGGGCGCUGUGGGAGCAGCCGGCGGAAGUGAAUGAGAUGAUUGCGUGGUGGUUGGAAGAGGUGGUGUUUACGGAUCCGAGGGUGGUGAAGUUGUGA